UUUUACAGUAUCAGUGUGUGGGUUACCGUACCGUCCCCCUGACUAGAUGUGGAUGGAGAUAACUGUCACUGUGCUAUCGUUUGAAUAUCAGUCAGCUCAGGUUAGGGACAUAGCAUCAUAGACAAAAGCCGAGUAUGCUGAAAUAGCAACGACUGAAAGAGUUUUUAGACAUGGCACCCAAAUCGCUGUCUGAAAAGUUAGCAAAUUUAGAGGACAGUGACUUAAAAGAGUCUACCUGCAUUUGCAGGAAACAGUGUAAGAACUGUAAAAUCUUUUUGGGAUUCUUCGUUUUAUCCCUUUCAUUGCAUCUCGUUACGCUUUUCUGUUAUUUGGACCUGAGAUCCGAAGUGAAACGCGAGAUUCUCCAAAAGAACAGAGAGGAGACAAUGUCACCGGCCGCAACCGAUGUGAAUGACCGAUAUUCUCCAGUAUUCCAGCUGUUGGAUAUCAGCUACCCAGCUGAUCUACAGAAUAGGUUGCCUCUGGGGAACAGUGACGAAAGCUCUCACCUCAAAGAAGACCGAGACAAUGCUGUCCAUCGCACCAAAAGGAGCCAGCAGAAUAAACGACUUGAUUCAGAAUCACAUGGAAACAAACGAAAAGAAAGGAAAAAAGGUAAGAAGGGCCCUCCGGGUGCACCUGGCCCCCUAGGCCCUCCAGGGCCACAGGGGCCACCUGGUAUUCCUGGCAUUCCAGGCAUCCCUGGGAACAACGCCAUGGGCCCCUCAGGACCACCCGGACCUCCAGGCCCUGCUGGACCCCCAGGGCCACAGGGACCCCCUGGUCUUCAAGGACCCUCAGGGGGCAGAGUCAGAGAUAGCCAGCCGGCUGUGGUACAUCUCCAAGGCCAGGAAACAACAAUACAGGUCAAGGAAGAUCUUUCAGAAGGCGUACUGAGAAACUGGAAAAUGAUAUCCAUGCAUCACAAGGUGUUCAAGAUGCACUCGAGAUCUGGGGAGCUGGAGGUGUUGGUAGAUGGCACCUACUUCAUCUAUAGUCAGGUAGAAGUUUACUACCUCAACUUCACUGACAUUGCUAGCUAUGAGGUGAUGGUGGACAAGACACCAUUCCUGCGCUGUACGCGGAGCAUUGAGACGGGACAGCGCAAGUUCAACACCUGCUACACGGCUGGGGUGUGUCUGUUGCGUGCCCGGCAGAAGAUCUCCAUCAAGAUGGUGUACGAGGACACCUCCAUCAGCAUGACCAACCACACCACCUUCUUGGGGAGCAUCCGCCUCGGGGAUGCCCCCCCGGCCAGCCACUCCUGAAGUGGCAGGCCUACCAACCUGUGUGUCAAGCCACAAACCACCCCUCUACCAGCAUAUCCACUUAUGGCCUGGGGGAGGCUCCUCCCACUCUACUCUUCCUCUGCAACCAUCACCACCACCUAUCACAUAUCAACCAAUAGGAGAUGAGGAUGCCCACCUACUCCAGAGAUGACAUCAUGUACAGUACUAAAGUAUCUGCCCUCAGCCUGGGCCAGGCCCGCCCCUUCAGGCUACUACUGAGCUGUUAAGCACCACCCUCCCUUAUAAUAGUGGGAUGACCUGGUGUAAUGAUAUUAACCGCUGCCUGUAAUCUCUUAAUGGAAGAUUCCUUCCACAGAGCGAUGAUGACUAUGACCUUCGGAGGUGUUGAUGGACAAAUAUGCACCCAACGUGUCUAAGCAUUAAGAAAGGGAGGAGUUGUUUGAAGAAAUAAAUACAUUAGACUUUACUUUUAGAAUUUUGCAUUUAUAGAUAAUAACUUGGUUUCCCUGGUCAUGACAUGCUUGAGAAACCAAGGUUGACAGGAGUCAGUCAUGUCUCCACUGAAAGAACUGUCUGUUAGUUAGACAACAUAGGUACAUACUGUAAACGUUUUUGAAAACAAUAUAGGUAUACAAUGUGUGGCAGUUGUCUGAUGAAAUUAACAUUUAUAGCUGAAACAAAAACAUUUCUCUGUUAGAAUGUGCACUGGUUAAAGCAAAUUAUUGAUCUGUAGGCAAAUCCCUCUCACUCUGUCUCCCUCUCUCUCUCUCCCUCUCUCUCUCUCCCUCCUUCUCUCUCUCUAUCCCUCCUUCUCUCUCUCUCUCUCCCUCUCUAUCCCUCCUUCUCUCUCUCUCUCUCUCUAUCCCUCCCUCUCUCUCUCUCUCCCUCUCUCUCUCUCCCUCCUUCUCUCUCUCCCUCCCUCUCUCUCCCUCCUUCUCUCUCUCUUUCUCUCUCUCUCUCACCCACUCCCUCACUCUCUCCGUCUAUCUCCCUCUCCCCCUCUCUCCCUCUCUCCCUCUCUCUCUCCCUCUUUCCCUCCCUCUCUCCAUCUUUCCCUCUCUCCCACUCACUCUCUCUCUCCCUCCUUGUCUCUCUCUCUCUCUCCCCUCUCUCUCCCUCUCUCCCCCUCUCUCUCUCCCCUCUCUCUCUCUCUCUCUUGAAUAAUAAGGUCAGUAUGAAUGUUUAUUUUUUAUUUGAAAUUAAGUUGUUUGUCAAAUAUGGAAUCACUUGGAAUAAUACUGUAGAUUAAAUGUUUUAUUUUUCAAAAUUACUAAUAGCAUGACCUGAAAUGCUAUUCAUCAUUUUACUAUGUUGACCGGUCAUGAUCACAAUACUUUUCUGGAUGGGGUUAUAUUUCCUUUCUUUAUUUAGUUCUGCUUGGGUUUGUUUGAAAUAACCAAUUCACUUGUCAUUCCCUUUGAGCUGAACCAGUCAUGUCCUGUGUCUGGAAGGCCAUUUGUGUUUCACUUUUUCUCAGAAGAAUUCUGUCUUUCCAUAUACAUAGGCAGCUUGAAGCUUUUGUAAAUAUCACACACAGUCAAAAUAUUUUUCAGCAUAUAACUCCUUCUCGUGUUCAUGUUUAUAUGUGAGUGAACACAUUAGUCUUUAAGGAAUAAUUUAAGGGCACGGAGUAUCUGUCAACAUGCAGUUUCUGGAUGUUUAUGAAACUGUUCUGCACUGUGCAUGUACUGUUAUUAUUACACGGUUUGGUCGAUCACCAUGCAGUCAACCUUCUGGAAAAUUGGUGACAAAAGCAGAAUCUGGUCCAGUUGUUUUGAAAAGGUUUCAAAACAGUUAUGGAAGGAACAAUAGAUGAAGAGUUUCAUUCCAAAACACUAUAUAAACAUUUUCAGAAAUGUUGGUAAAUUAGUUUUUAUUGUUUAGAUAACUUAUGAAAGAGAUUGUUGUGUUUUCACCAUCUAAUCAUGGCAUGGGGUUGUUCGAUGACAGACAUGUACUUGUUUCAAAUCUAUCACUUGAUGGUUUCAAUUCAGAGAGACAAAUAAUCAUGUUUUGUUGCAAAACGCUAUAUAUCCGCCUCACUCUCAGAGAAGUACAGUACUAGUCAGAAGUUUGGACACACCUACUCAUUCAAGGGUUUUUCUUUAUUUUUACUAUUUUCUACAUUGUAGAAUAAUAGUGAAGACAUCAAAACUAUGAAAUAACACAUGGAAUCACGUAAUAAACAAAAAAGUGUUAAGCAAAUCAAAAUAUAUUUUAGAUUUUAGAUUCUUCAAAGUAGCCACCCUUCCACACAUGCGGAGGUCAUCCGUUCAUCUAACUUUGCGUCUCACAAAGACGACGGUUGGAACCAAAAAUCUCAAAUUUGGACUCAUCAGACCAAAGGACAGAUUUCCACUGGUCUAAUGUCCAUUGCUCGUGUUUCUCGUCCCAAGCAAGUCUAUUCUUCAUGUUGGUGUCGCUUAGUAGUGGUUUCUUUGCAGCAAUUCGACCAUGAGAGCCAGUUUCAUCAUAGCGCUUGAUGGUUUUUGCGACUGCACUUGAAGAAACUUUAAAAGUUAUUGAAAAUUUCCAGAUUGACUAACCUUCAUGUCUUAAAGUAAUGAUGGACUAUCAUUUCUCUUUGCUUAUUUGAGCUGUUCUUGCCAUAAUAUUAACUUGGUCUUUUACCAAAUAGGGCUAUCUUCUGUAUACCACCCCUACCUUGUCACGGCACAACUGAUUGGCGCAUUAAGAAGGAAAGAAAUUCCACAAAUUAUCUUUUAACAAGGCACCUAACUUGUAAUGCAUUCCAGGUGACUACCUCAUGAAGUUGGUUGAGAGAAUGCCAAAAGUGUUUAAAGCUGUCAUCAAGGCAAAGGGUGGCUACUUUGAAGAAUCUCAAAUAUAAAAUAGAUUUGGAUUUGUUUAACACUUUUUGGCUUACUUUGUAAUU